AGUGCUGCUGAGAUCAUGUCUGUGCUGUUAUUCCACGUCAUGAGAUAUAAAGAGGAGGACCCGGAGAACCCAAACAACGACCGCUUUAUCCUCUGUAAACAACUGGCAUUUUUUGAUAUGGCAAUCGGAUGGUACGGACAAGGAUUGGGCACUGCAUGCGGCAUGGCAUAUACUGGCAAAUACUUUGACAAGGCCAGCUACCGGGUGUUCUGCCUCUUGAGAGACCGUGAGUCUUGGGAAGGCUCCGUCUGGGAGGCAUUGGCCUUUGCUUCCCACUACAGUCUGGAUAAUCUCAUAGCCAUCUUCGAUGUGAACCGCCUGGGCCGCAGUGGCGUCUUGCCCAUUGAGAACUGCAUAGACAUCUAUCAGAAGCGCUGUGAAGCCUUUGGGUGGAAUACUUAUGUGGUGGAUGGCCGUGAUGUUGAGACACUGUGUGCAGUAUUCUGGCAGGCAACUCAAGUGAAGGACAAGCCCACUGCUGUAAUUGCCAAGACCUUCAAGGGCCGGGGCAUGCCAAGCAUUGAGGAUGCAGAAAGUUGGCAUGGAAGGCCAAUGCCAACAGAAAGAGCAGAUGCGAUUAUCAAACUAAUUGAGAGCCAGAUAGAGACCAACAGACAUCUCGAACCAAAACCCCCUGUUGAAGACUCGCCUCAAGUCAACAUCACAGACAUACAGAUGACUUCUCCACCUGCUUACCAAGUUGGUGAAAAGGUAGCUACUCGUAAAGCAUGUGGUUUGGCUCUGGCUAAGCUGGGCCAUGCAAAUGAGAGAGUCAUUGUGCUGGAUGGUGACACCAAGAACUCGACCUUCUCUGAGAUGUUCAAGAAGGAGCAUGCUGAGCGCUUCAUCGAGUGUUUUAUUGCCGAGCAAAACAUGGUGAACGUGGCACUGGGGUGCGCCAUCCGUGGUCGGACCAUUGCUUUUGUUAGUACCUUCGCUGCCUUUUUGUCCCGAGCAUUUAAUCAGAUCCGGAUGGGAGCCAUCUUUGAAAGCAACAUCAAUAUUGUUGGGUCCCACUGCGGGAUAUCUGUUGGUGAAGAUGGUGCCUCCCAGAUGGCACUGGAGGACUUGGCCAUGUUCCGAGCCAUUCCCAACUGCACCAUUUUCUAUCCAAGUGACGCCAUCUCUACAGAGCAUGCUGUGUUCCUGGCGGCCAAUACCAAGGGGAUAUGCUACAUUCGAACCAACCGCCCAGAAACUGAUGUUAUUUACACCCCACAAGACAAUUUUGGGAUUGGACAAGCCAAGGUCAUUCGCCACAAUGUCAAUGACAAGGUUACAGUUAUUGGAGCUGGAGUCACUCUGCAUGAAGUCCUAGCAGCUGCUGCUGAUCUUUCCAAAGAAGAUAUUUCUGUCCGUGUCAUCGACCUAUUUACCAUUAAGCCCCUGGAUGCUGCCACCAUCAUCUCCAAUGCAAAAUGCACAGGUGGCCGAAUUAUCACAGUGGAGGAUCACCACCCGGAAGGUGGCAUCGGGGAGGCUGUCUGUGCAGCUGUUUCCAUGGAGCCUGACAUCCUGGUUCACCGCCUGGCAGUGCAAGGAGUGCCUCGGAGUGGGAAGUCCAGUGAAUUGCUGGAUAUGUUUGGAAUUAGUACCAAACACAUUAUAGAGGCCGUGAGAAAUAUUUUAACAAACUAA